AUGCCUAGCUCCAAAAAAUACGACUGCUUGUCGAAAACACUGGGAUAUAUCUCGGGCUCAACUAGUCCGUUGAACUUUCCUUUUCCUAAUCAAGAAAUUUCAGCGGUACUAAACUCAGAAAUCUCGUAUGAUUCGGAAGUUACAGGAAUUUACCCGUCUUUAUUGGAAAGCACGACCAAAAGUAAACACAAGAUUGUCAACGCAUUGUAUAAGAAUUUAAAAUCCGUCAUUCCACCUGCGUCCAAUUAUAAAGGUUUAUUUAAGGGCAUCUUGAAAGCUUUUUUAUUUUUGGAAAAUCGUCAGAUGGAUGUCAAAGAGUUGACAAAAGUCGUCAUUGAGAAUCGUUUUGCGCAGUCAGAGAGUUCUACACCUCAUCAAUCAAUUUCAGCGGCAUUGUCUUUGUAUUUUCGGUUGGAUAAUCCAACCAUGGAUUCAAAAGCAAUUUUGCGUAAACAAGAAAUUAAAAACAAAACAACAAAAAGUAGAAUAUUUUGGUCAUUGAAUCCAAACAACCAAGAAAUCUUAUCAAUCCUCAAUUUACUAAAAAAGGAUUUCCAGAGAACAAGCAAUUAUUCUUUUGAACCAUCAUCUGUUUGGUGUGAUGCAACAAUCACUUUGUUACAAGCGCCAACAUUAUCAGAGUAUUCGAUGACUUCGCCAACAUCACUAGAAGAUUCGGUCACUUUGUCACAGGCGCCAAUAUCUCCAGAGACCUUACGGCAAACAUUGACGAAUAAGUACAAAAGAAAAUAUAUAGAGAAUUUUUCUGAUAACAACCGCAUGACCCGUCAACGCACACGAGAGAUUAUAAAAGAGCAUAAGCAGCUACCCCCAAUACUAAAAAACACAAAUGAAGAAAUCGCAAGAAUAAAUAAAAUUAACAAAUUAUGCGAGCAAAACUUGCCUAAUUGGUACCAGUUUUCGGAAAGACACUAUUUGCUAGCUGGUAUCAAAGGUCUCUUAAUGGUAAAUAACCGAGAGACUGGUUUAAAAGAUUUAGCAGAUGUUGUGAUGAACGGGCAGCCACAAGACCCAACUAUAGUAUUAUAUAUAGGCAUGUGCAGAAGUCUUGUUGGCAUCGAGAAGCCUUGUAUUUCCGGAGAAACAUCCAAGGAAGGCAGCAGGGACACGGGAGGUUUAUUGCGCAACUCUUUAUUGAAAGAAUUGAUUGAUCACAGUCGGCUUCCAUGGGAGGAGCGUUCAUUGCCCUUUGUUUCAGCGGCGGGGGUAUCUUCUGCUCAAGGGGUCAGGGAAGCUAUGACGGCUUUUAUGGAUGGAUGCAUUCAUCAGUCUUCUGGCGUCGGCGGGUUUCUGUGA